AGAGAGAGAGAGAGAGAGGAAUAGGGACAGAGAGAUGGCAUAAGAGACAGUGACAGAGGGGGAGAGGUACAGAGAUAGUUCUGGAGCUAGUGAAAGUAUUUGAAGCUACAGACAGAGACAGACUCAUCUGUCAUUCAUCCAGGCAGCCCUUGCUCCUUCCCCAGCCCAGACAGAUGACCUCCCAGACGGACACCGCCACCUCAGGUGGAACAGCCCUGGAGCUGCAUUUCGUAGAGGACUCCUCUCUCACUGAGGUAAUGCGCCACCGUGCCCAAUCCUUGCAGCGCAGCGCUCAGAAGCGGCAGGAAGGGGAGCGCCUGCUCCUUCCCCACGAGGCCAUUUACCGCCUGGACUUCCCCAGUCAGGAGCUGACAUUUGUCCGGUGGUCGGUGUCCCUGACUGGCCACGGCCGUGUGGUCGUUACGGGGAUCUCCCAGCUCUGGACGCCGGACCUCACAAACCUGAUGACCCGGCAGCUCCUGGAGCCCGUCGGAACGUUCUGGCGAAACGCGGGCGACCCUGAGGACAUGCCCUACAAGUGUCUGGAGGCGGACAUCCAGGAGUUUGGCGAGCGAAUCGCAGAGCUGGCCAAGGUCCGCAAAGUCAUGUAUUUCUUGUUUGCUUUCAAAGAAGGGUCGGAGGCUGACAAGGUCAACAUCUCGGUGGAGUUCACACAUGCCUGACUUAGGCCCUUAGAUUCUUCUACAGCCCUCUCCUGCUCUCUGUUCAGGGGGAAUGCAUUCUACUACAACUAUUCUAGGUUAAACUAGUCCUCUCAAUCACCCCCACACACACAUCCGAACUACCAUCUUGGUACUGGCUACACCAUCUAUGCAUGUCACUCAAGUUGCCACUAGAAACGUCUGUUUAGCAACCCUACUAACACAGUUAUUUUCAUGUGAAUACGAAUAGAAGUUAUAUUGAAAACCUGAGCAUCCUAAAUGAAUAACUGAACUGAUUCUUCUUAAUAGAAAACGUUAUAGAACCAAUUCUGAAAUGUAAGUUCAACAACCUCCUGUACUGUACGAUUGGGGAUACAAAUAAAGGAUUGAAUUCCACGAUGUAGCGACAAACAGAAAAUUACUCUAAUCACAAUGCAAUGAUUUAGCAGUUACCAUAUUCACUUUGUAUUAUACAGCCACAACUCCACUUAUAAACACAAACUGGAAGCUUACAGUC